GGAGAACUUGGCAAGAGGCUAAGCGUUGGUCUCGGUAGACAGACAGCAGUCCACUUAUACACGUCGUGGUCAAAUGGCUUCGCCGUUAGUUGUGGACGAGUUUCGAGCAGAACUUGGGGCAGCUGAGCCAUGGCCGGAUGGUGUGACCCUUUAUCAACAAUAUCAAGCUGAGCAGAUCACAUUUCCUGACAGUGCCAACUGCCUGAGUGUAAAAGCAUUCCUCUACAUGUGUGGGCUGAACUUUCAGGUAGAGCUGAAGACAAAUGCUGAGGAGAUGUCACCGUCAGGUAAAGUUCCUUUUAUUCAUGUUGGGGCAUUUCUGGUUUCUGAGUUAGACCCCAUAAUUGCAUUUGUCAAUGCUAAGGGUUUUGCCCUGACCUCACACCUGUCAGACAUAGAGAGGUCAGAGAUGAGGGCUUACAUGGCUAUGAUUGACAACAUCCUUGUCAAUGCAGAGCUUUAUUUGGCAUGGUUGGAUGAAACAGUAUCAUCAGAGGUAACAAGACCACGUUAUGGUUGCCCCUAUCCAUGGCCACUGAACUGGAUCUUGCCAUUGCGCAAACAAUCAGAAGUCCGUGCUCGUCUUAGCAGCAAUGGCUGGAAGGACAAGAACAUGAAACAGGUGUGUGAAGAAGUCAGAAUCUGUUGCCAGGCUCUGUCAGAGCGACUUGAUCAGCAGCAGUACUUUUUUGGAGAUAAGCCCACAGAACUGGAUGCAUUAGUCUUUGGUCAUCUUUACACUCUUAUCACUACUGAACUACCAGUCGGGCAGUUUGCAGACAUCAUUCAGCAGUUCUCGAAUCUCACCAACUUCUGUAAGCAUAUUGAAGAGGAGUACUUCAAGGACUAACCUUCUUCACCAUUUUUAAGUAACAUGCAAGAGGACUGACCCACCUUCAUCGUAUAGUCAUUGCUGAAUAACGUGGAUUUGAGACCAGCUCUUCUCUUCCAAUGAGAAGAAGUUCCGCUACUUAUCUUACAUUGUUUUUGUUUAGGAUCCAGGAUUUGAUGUGAAUGGAGAAAAAAAUUAGUUCAUUUGUGCUUGUAAGAGAUGUAUAUGGGAGUGUUUGCUAUUUCAUGCCAGGUAAUAGAGUUGGAAGGUGUUAAUUGGUUUUUGCAAGUUAAUUAAAAUUGAAAAGGUGAUAUCUGGACAUAAUUUUUUAAAGCUUGCAAA